CCCAAACUGGUGUACCUGUGGUGUACCUGUGACCCAAACUGGUGUACCUGUGACCCAAACUGGUGUACCUGUGACCCAAACUGGUGUACCUGUGACCCAAACUGGUGUACCUGUGACCCAAACUGGUGUACCUGUGACCCAAACUGGUGUACCUGUGACCCAAACUGGUGUACCUGUGACCCAAACUGGUGUACCUGUGACCCAAACUGGUGUACCUGUGACCCAAACUGGUGUACCUGUGACCCAAACUGGUGUACCCGUGACCCAGACCGGCGUAACUGGGAUGCCGUUGGCAGGACCCCGAUGGUGACCGGAACCUCGGUGCUGGGGCUGCGUUUCCAGGGGGGGGUGAUGCUGGCGGCGGACACCGUGGGCUCCUACGGCUCCCUGGCUCGCUUCCGGGGCGUCUCGCGCCUGCUCAGGGUCAACGACUCCACCGUGCUGGGCGCCUCGGGGGACCUGGCGGAUUUCCAGCACCUGCGGCAGCUCCUCGAGCAGAUGGUGAUCGACGAGGAGCUGCUGGGGGACGGGCACAGCUACAGCCCGCGGGCUCUGCACUCGUGGCUGACGCGCGUCCUCUACAACCUGUACCUGCAAUUCCUGGUGCUCCAUUCCCUGACGGCGGCGACAGGUCGGGAUCCGAGUCCAAAAUCCUGGGAAUUCCUUUUCCUGGGAUACGUGGNCAUUCCGUGUGGUUUCAGGAUCGACGAGGAGCUGCUGGGGGACGGGCACAGCUACAGCCCGCGGGCUCUGCACUCGUGGCUGACGCGCGUCCUCUACAACCUCCCACUCAGGGAUGCUCGUUCUUUUAACAGGUACGAGGUUGCCGUGGUGACGGAGAAGGGCGUGGAGAUGGAGGGGCCCCAGACCCUGGAGGCCAACUGGGACAUCGCCCACGUGGUCAGGUAA